UCACUCAUCACUUUGUUGUCGUUUUACAAAGAAAAAAUCGUGCUAGUAACCAAACCAAAGAACCAAGAAUAUUAGUUUGUGCGCUGUGAUGUGAUAUCCAAUUGUAACAAAUAAUGAAUUGUCAUCAAAUAUUGAGCGGUGCCUGCAAUGCGGGUGACCGGUGCUUCGCAAUUGGCUCCGUGGAAGGCAUACCAUUUACAGCAUACGCUGCUGGCUGCAAUGUGGUCAUCCUGGCGAGCACAUUCGAACGCGUCCAGAUAAUACCUGGCGCCAACCAUGGCUAUGUGAAAAUAUCGGCGCUCGACUGCAGCACCGAUACGGGCAAAAUAGCUGCCGCCUAUGAGAACAAGAUAUGCAUUUUCGAGCCGACGCCAGUGAUUGAGUCCAACAAGCAUAACACACACUUCCUCGACUACAGAUGGGUGCAGACCGGCUCCUUUACCAGCCACUCGAAUGUGGUGACAUUGUCUUGGAAUUUGGAGGGUACACGUCUGCUGACGGGCGGCACAAAUAUACAGCUCUGGAAGAGCAAAUCGCCCACACACCAGCCAGAGGAGGAGCACACGGGCGUCAAGUUUGAGAUCGGCGAGAGCAAGGAGACCAAACAAACGGCCAAUGCCCAGGCGGAUGACGUGUCCACGUGGGAGAAUAUAUGGUCCUGCCAGACGGCCAUACCCAUUUAUCAUAUGGCAUUUAGUCCCGACGGCACGCUGUUCGCCACCUGCGGCCGCAACGAUCGUCUAGUCAAGAUCUGGUACGAGAACAAGCAGGUGCUGUUCCCGGCCAAGCCGACAAGCGGCAACAGCCAGCCGCAGUCGCAGCACGAUGGAGCACCUGCGUCCGUAUCGGGUUCGAUUGGAACUGGAGCUGGCGAUUUGAAUUUCACGUACGUGUAUAUCGCCCAUCCGCGUGCCGUCUCCAACAUUGUGUGGCGCAAGACGAGCAAGUAUAUGCCGAAGGGUUCGGUGGCCAAUAUGCUGGUGACCUCGUGCCUGGACAAUAUCUGUCGCAUUUGGAUCGAGACGGUGCUGCCGGACGACGGCCUGGUCAAUAUGACACAGUUCGAUCCGCUCGCCUCGCAGAAUCCCAAAUUUCGUACGCAUCGGCACAAGCAUCGUUUCAUGCAGCGCCUCAAGCACAUGAAAACCUGCUUCCAUUUGCGUCGCCACAUGAAGGCCGGCGCCAAUGCCGCCACGGUCAUUGGCCACGGCACCGGCUCGGUCGCAGGCAGCGCCAGCGGAGCACCUGGCGCCGGUUCGGGCGCCGUAAUGGGCAGCUCGCCGGCCAGCUUUAGCAACUAUCAGGGUCCGAUACCGUCGCUGCCAUCGUCGUGCAGCGUGCACGACUUUCAUUCGUAUGGAUUUCAGGGAUCGGGCGUUACGCCCGGCAUGCAUUUCCAUUUGGCGGCAUCGAUCAAUGCCGAGACAGACAUACCGCUGGUGCCGUCCAUGCAGACAUCGGAUCCGGCCAAUCAGAAUGUCUUCAUAUUGCACUGGCUGAACAACAAGGAGAUGCAUUUUACGCUCCAGGCGGAGGCCAUACUCCAGGAGCUGACCAAGAAGGUCAUCGACGAGGAAAACGGCGCACAUCAUCAUCAUCAUCCCGUCGAUCUGCCCGACGAUGCCGCACACCAGCAGCAGCCACAUCAGCAGGCACAUCAGUCGUCGCAUCCGCAUCAGGCGCCGCACAAGAAAUUCAUGCGCAACUCAAAGUCCGUGUCGGUGGACGACAGCGGCGAGGAGUAUAGCAAAUAUUCGCAGCAUACGGGCGCGACGGGCGUUGGGCUACAUUUGAAUUCCAUGUCGAAUACGACAUCGCAGAAUUCGCUCAAUCAGGACAAUCAGGGUAAUCCCAUAACGCAGCUGGUCGACUCGCUGGACAACAAGAUCGAGUGCCUGCUGCGCGACUGGCACCAGAGUCCGGAUCUGCUGUUCGCCAUACAUCCCGUCGAUGGCAGCUAUCUGAUCUGGGUGAUCGAAUGGCUGGACGACUAUUAUCCCGGCUCGUACAGGCAGGCGCAGGUCUCGUUUUCGACGCGCAUACCUUCGGCCUUUCCGCUGGGCGAUGCCAUGUCCAUGUCGACCACGGUCAGCCUGUUCAAUACGGGCAGCCAUCCGUUGGCCUUUCGCGACAUUGCCAACAAUGUGCGCAGCAAGGAUGAGUUCCACAAAUCCGGCGGUAGCGAUCAGAACUCGUUGCGCAGCGAUCAGCCGUUCGAAAAGCACGACGAACACGACGAGGAGCGUGACGAGCAGGAUGAGCAUGACGAGCAGGAGGAGGCAGAUGAUGGUGAGCAGCAAACAGCUGAGGAUCAGGCUGAACGCAGCGCCGCGGCCAGCAGUUCACAGGAUUCCGGUGCAGCAGCCGGAACUGGCGCCAAUUCGGGAUUGGGCGCCGCGCUUCCGUUGAACGUGUCGCCCUCCGUCUCGAUGGUCACCAAGCAUUCGAACGGCACACUCAAUCUCUGGCAGCUAACGUUCGCGUUCAAAACAAAGUUCACCCAAGUAUUAAGCAUCGGUCAUGUUAGCCGCGCCUCCGGGCAUCGGUUCCGUGUCAAUGACAUCACCUGUCAUCCGGUGCUGCCGCUGCUCGUCUCCACCUCGCAUCACAAUCUGCCCGACACAACCGAGGCCAAGUCACCGAUGUCGCCCUUCGAGCAGCCGCUAGCCGGCGGCAGUGCUCCAUCCGGAGUUGCCUCCGGCAGCUCCAGCGCCGGCACGCCCAACGGCGAUAAGGAUAUCUUUACGCCGACGGGCUUCUGCUCGGAGCUGAUAUUGUGGCGUGUCGAUUCGGUUGGUCCGUUGUGUCAUUCCGGCGGCGUUAGCGAACUGGCGCGCAUCAAUUCACCGGAAAUAUCGGCGUUCAGCAAUGUCGCCUGGAUACCCACCCUGCUGCCGAGCACCACGUUGGGCAGCUACAGCAAUUCGCCCUCGGCCUGCUUUGUGGCCAGCGAUGGCGAGAAUUUGCGCGUUUAUCAGGCGGUUAUCGAUGCGCGCACUUUGCUGGCGGAGAUCUCGUGCUCGGAGAAUUUGAAUACGCUGCAAAAAUCGCAUUCGCUCUCCUCGAUGAUCUCGAAUGCCUCCUCGACGCUGAAGGCGCAACGCUCGGCGCUCCACGACAAGCUGAAGGUCGUCUCGCAGCAGUCGACGGCGCGACCCGGCUGCAUACUACAGUUGGACGCCAUAUCGGAUGCCAAGCACGACUGGCAGAACACGCAGUUCCUGCACGUCUUCCAGGCGCAGCUGAUAACGGGCGGGCAGCGCACGGCUGCGGUGACGGACAUGCAUGAUCUGGAGGAGCCCAAAAUGGAUGCGCUGCUCGAGUCAGAUAUGGACGCCAUCGUCGAUCUGCAGCGAAACGUGGACUUCGAGGAACCCUUCUAUAUAGUCAAUAUCGAGAAGACGCUGCGGGGCAGCACGAUUCACAUGUGGCGCAUCGUCAUCAGCUCCAAGCAGCAGAGCUCGUUCCUCUCCGAGACGGCCAUGUAUGUGCCGGACAGCAAUCUGACCCAGGAGCCGGGCGACGAUGCCGACCAGAAUCCGGGCCAGCCGCGACGCAUGUCGCAGGGCGCCGAAACGUUGACGGGCGCCGAGCACUUUGGUCCGCAUGUCGAGGCGCCGCACAUCUCCAUCACCACGCAGAAAGUGUGCACCCAGGAGCUGCCAUUGCCGGAGGGCGUCGAUGUCAUCCAUGCCUCGCCGGCGGCUGGACAUUUGAGCAGCUCGAGCAUUUAUCCGGCCUGCUUUGCGCCGUACAUCAUUGUGACCGCGUGCUCGGACUCGAUAUCGCGCUUCUGGAAGUGCGAACCGGCCGGCGGCGAGGCCUAUCACUGGUCCGAGUGGAAGAUGUUCAGCCGGAUUCAACAGUCCGCGAUCGAGAUACCCGGCCAGCCGCUGAACAUAAGCGCCGCCUAUUCCGGCCGGAUUGCCUGCGCCUACAAGUACGGCAAGAGCUUUACGCGUCCGAAUCGCGGUGAUCCGGACUCGCGAUAUGUCAACCUGUGCGUCGCCAUCUACGAGUGCGAGAGCAGCGGCGGCAGCGAGUGGGUAUUGGAGGAUACGAUUCACCUGAAGAACGUCCAUUUGCCGCGCAUCAAUAUCGGGCACGGAAUCGAUCUGAGCUAUCUGCACGACAGCCGGCUGCUGGCGAAGAAGCAACGCCUCAACCAGGUGCUGCACACGUUCGCCCACGAUCCGGAGAGUCGUUCGCCGCGCAGCGGCGAGACCACGCCGGAACUGGCCACCACCAAGCAGUCGGCGGCCGCUGUCUCCGGUCUGCUGACGGUGCCCAGCUUCAGUACGUUGCAGUCGCUGAGGAAGAGCAUCGCGGAGAACGGCAACACCUGUCCGUUGACGCAGAAGCAUCUAGUUCAGCUGGACUGGGUGUCCAAGGAGGAUGGCUCGCACAUUCUGACCGUCGCGGUGGGCAGCAAAAUUCUGCUGUACACGCCCGUCAGCUCCGACAUUGCCCAGGCGAACAUCAAGGCCAUGAAGGAGUCACGCUCCGUGAAUCGCCCGAUUCUGCGCAAGGCCAGCUCCCUGGCCCAGCCGAACUUUGUCGACGAGAUCCGUUGGAUGAAGCUGCGCCAAAUUGAUUUACAAACCGCCGACGGUUUGCCGCCGCUACCCAUGCAAAUCUCGUGGGUGCGCGACGGCAUCCUGGUCGUGGCCAUGGACUCGGAAAUGCAUGUCUAUUCCCAGUGGAAGCCGCACUAUGGUGCACACUUCAUGUCCGCUGCGGCAGCUGCUGCCGUUGCGGCCAUGGCGCACGAUGAUGUGCCCGAUACACGCAAUCUGCGCGACGAGGAUCUGCGCUCCUUGGCCAAUGAGUCCACUCAGCUGCGGCUCAAGAAUGUCGCCUCGAUGCCGCUGAUUAGCAAAGUGAGCACCGCCAAUUUGCAGCUGCUGUCGCAGCGGCGACUUGCCGCCAACAGCAGCAUGGCCAAUAUGAAUGGCGGCCAUAUGGGCGUCGGACCGGAGGCUUCGGGCGGCUUUGGCGGCGAUGCGCCGCCCAACGAUGAUUACAUGACGGACUUUGGCCUGUUCCAGGCGUCGCGCAUUGCGUGCCCCGUGCUGCCGCAGUAUCAUCCCAAGCAGCUGAUGGAGCUGCUUAAUUGCGGCAAGAUACGCUGGGUGAAGGCCAUUCUGGCGCAUCUGGUCCGUUGCAUGAGCGGACCCGGCGGCGGCGUCGGCAAUGCCGCCAAUGGGCUGCCUCGCGACGAUGACGGCAGCCAGGGCGAGGGCACCGGAGCGGGCGGUGCCGCUGGACGCCAGCGCAGCUGGUCAAGAUCCCGGACGCUGAGCAUCAGCUAUGCGGCGGACACGAGCAACAUACAGGCGGAGCAUCGGGGCAGCACCACACAAAUACCCGAGGAACUGAUGCUCGACUAUGCCGAGAUCAAUUCGAUUCCGCCGCUGCCCUUGUGGGUGCUCCUCAAUGCGGACCGAGAGCAGCCGGGCAAGGCGAGCGGCUCCGCGGAGGCGGACAAGGAUUACGACGAACUGUUCGAUCUGCACAAUUCGGACGAUAAUCUGGACGAGCUGCUCAGCGAUGGCGAACAGAAGCGCCAGGAGCGUCGUCUGUCGCUGCCCGAAAAGCAUUCCAUCUCGCACUUUGGCCCGCGCCAGGGUCAACUACUGUCCAGGUUGCUGACCCAUACACAUUUGCCGGGCCUCUCCUCGCUGGAUCAGAUGCAUUUGCUGGCGCUGGCCGAUACCGUGGCCACCUGCAAUACGGACUUCUCCGACAAGUUUGCCGCCGAUCUUGGCAAGAAUCAGCAGCAAACGGGCACCGGCGGCGGAGGAGUGGGUGCCGGCAUCUCGGGCAAAGAGCAGGCCACCGAAUCGCUGGACGAUUGCGGUCUACGCUUUCUACUGGCCAUGAAGCACUUUACCUAUCUGCUGCGCUGCCUGCCGCUGCAGCAGCGCGCCCAAUUCCAGCGCCAGGGCGUCGGCACCGCCAACAUCGUCUGGGCCUAUCACUCGGAGAGCGAGGAGGAGCUGCUCCAUUUGAUACCCAGCUAUACGAAGGGCGAUCUGCGCUGGGCAACGCUGCGAGAUCUGGGCGUCGGCUAUUGGCUGAAGAACAUCAAUACGCUGCGGCGUUGCGUCGAGAAGUUGGCCAAGUGCGCGUAUCAGCUGAAGCAGGAUCCCUUGGAUGCGGCCAUCUACUAUCUGGCCAUGAAGAAGAAGUCGCUGGUGUGGGGUCUGUUCCGUUCGAAGCGCGACGCGAAAAUGACCACGUUCUUUGGCAACAAUUUCGCCGAGGAUCGCUGGCGCAAGGCCGCCUUGAAGAACGCCUUCGUGCUGCUGGGCAAGCAGCGUUUCGAGCAUGCGGUCGCAUUUUUCCUGCUGGCCAAUUCCCUCAACGAUGCCAUCGAGGUGUGCAUGAACAAGCUGGAGGAUUUCCAGCUGGCCCUGAUCAUAGCCCGGCUAUACGAGGGCGAUGCCGAGGGCUGUUACUAUCAUCGGCUGCUCAAUGAGCAUGUUUUGGGCACAGAUGUAGAGACGGGUCGCUGUGAUCUGACCCGUGCGCAUCCGGAUCCGUUCUUGCGCUCGAUGACCUACUGGAACCUCAAAAAGUACCAGGAGAGCCUCAAUACGCUGCUGCUCAACGGCGUCGGCAGCCUGCAUACCAGCUAUCGCGAGGAGGAUCUAUUGCGUCCGGAGCUGCCGCAUGCCAAUCCGAAUGUCUUCAAUUUCUACAUAUAUUUGCGCACGCAUCCGCUGCUGAUACGACAGAAUAUUGCGCUAUCCGCGCAGGAGAAACGCAUUGCGCACGUCGUACUCUCCGGCUUUAGCUAUGCGGGAGAGACGGGCACACGGCCAGCCGUGGCCAGCGAUAAGCAGCUGCAGCUGGAGGAUUCGAUAACGGCCAUCGAACGGCAGCUGUACUUUACGACGGCGCACGGCCAUUUCAAGUCCGGCUGCCCGGCUCUGGCGCUGGAGGUGCUCAACAAGCUGCCGAUGAAGAUUAGCGACAGCGAUGGCACCGCCUCCGGCAGCAGCUUGGCCGGCAGCAGCAGCGGCAGCCAUCUGCCAGACACGGAGCCUGGCGGCGUCAGCAAGGAUGAGCUCAUCAAUUCGGGCAUCAUGGAUCAGUGGCAAACGGCCACGGAUCAGUUCGAUUGGGGUGCACCCGUUGGCCGCCAGCCGGAGGCCACAUUCGAGAUCAAAUGGGAUGACGAGGAUGAGGAAAAUGACCUGGAGCAGGAUGAGACGGCAGCGGAUGCAGACCAGAAACAACCGAACCAUGAUGAUCCCGAGCUGGCAACACCGCAACCGCCCGGCAAAUCCACGGGCAACGAGUGCAAAAUGGACAUUAUGGCGCAACAGCUGAAAUUCGUCGCCUGCCUCAAGAUACUCAUGGAGGAGCUGUCGACGCUGGCCACCGGCUUCGAAGUGGACGGCGGACAGCUGCGCUAUCAGCUGUACAUGUGGCUGGAGCGCGAGGUGGAGGCACUGAAGCAGCUGUGCAACUAUUGCAGCUCCGAGCAGGCCAACGAUGCCAGCGACGCCGAUGCUGCCGAUGCCAAGGACAAGGACAUGAAUGCGAGCAUCUAUCCGUGCACAGAGCGACCCACACUGCACGAGAUACUCAUGCAGGACAAACAGGACUUUGAGGCAAAGGUGAUGCGGGCCGCCAAGCGCAAGCGCUGGCUCAAAGCCAAUGAGACGCUGCUGCGAACGCUGCUCAGCUAUUGUUCGCUGCACGGCGCCAGCGGCGGUGGCCUGGCAUCGGUGCGCAUGGAACUAGUAUUAUUGCUGCAGGAGCUGCAGCAGGAGAAGACCCAACAGCAGCUGCUCAGCCCGUUGCCAUUCCCGACAACCCUGCCGCUGCUGAGCGCCUGCGUGGCGGGCAACAAGACCGUCAUCGCGGAUCCGAUCAAGUAUCUGCAAUCGCAGACGGUGGACAUGCUGCAGAGCAUCAUCAAGCUGUUGCCAUUUCCGGGCCUUGAGCCGAGCGCGCUGAGCGAAAUCUUUGUGCUGCGCGAUCUGGCCGUGGCGCUCUCCUCGUGCAUCUAUCAAUCGCUCUGCGAUUCGGAGAGCUUUGUGGUGAACAAUGCGACCUUCAAUGGCUAUCCCAGUCCGGGCAUUGAGAACAUUGCCAAAAUCAAUUCCUCGUUCGAAUGCAGCUAUCUGGUGGGCAGUCGCAAUGCGUUCCACAGGCGACGCAAGUACUCGACAGACGAGCCGGCGGGCAUAUGCACCACGCCGUCCAAGUGGCCGGGAGUCACCAAUUUGCGUGCGCUGCUGGCCCGCGAGAAGGACGAGGAUGUGCCCAAGCUGAAUGUGCUGCUGCUCGAAUCCUUUGUGUCCACCUACAUGGCGCUGUUCAUCUAUUCAUUGUCCACGUGCGACAGCCGGCUGCUCUAUCGGCUGAGCGGACAGAAUUUCACCAAUGACACCUGGUCGACGCUCUUUGGCGGCGGCAUGAAGAAGCUGCUCAUUAAGCCGGCCGCACAGCCGCAUGCUACGCACGUGGCCAUGACACAGGCUGGCGAGGAGACGGGCGAUGAGAAUAGCGUGUGGAACACGGUCACGUCCAUAACGAAGCAGCGCAUGAAGCUCAACAUGAAGAUCUUGGGCAGCUUUAGCCAGAAUAGCACCUCGAGCAACAUGAAGGAGGACAAGCCCACCUAUCGGGAACAGUUUAUGCCGCCAGAGACAUCCAUGCUCUCCUAUUUCCUGACCAAGCCAACCAAUACGGAUUGCGAUGACUACGACACGGAUGAUUCGCACGAAUCGGACGGCGAGGAGGAGGAGGACGACGAUGAUGAUGUCAAUGUGAGUCGCACACAGCUCAAGGCCAAGGAUAAUACGGAGCACACCAAUCCCAUGUCAUAUUCGUGGAGCAUACUCCGUUUGGCGCUCAUCAAGUUUAGCACCCACAAAAUCCAGGAGUUUGUCAAAGUCGCCGGCAUCGAGCUGCAGGAUCUGCCCGUGAUUAGUCCGUUGUCGCACGAGGUGCUGCGCACCCUGAAUCGCUGGCAGGAGUUCGCACUGAACGAUUUGAUAAAUCGCGGUCCGCCCUCGCGGCAUUAUAUACCCGGCUGCUAUGCGGAGAGCGGCAUCAAUGGCCUGGCCAUACACAAGUAUCGAUCGCUGCUCAACAAGGACAACACGCCGUUCAUAUCGGGAUCGGCCGCGGGGCCGAUCCGGCGGCUGUGGAACUAUCUGGUGCGCCAGGAGCCAACCCAGGAGGUGUUCAUCAAGAGCAUCUUCGGCAGGAGCACCGAGGCGAAUGCACGCAGCGCACACAAUCACCAUCAAAAUCAUCAUCACAAUGAUAACGACACCGACGAAGGCCAAUCGCAUUCGACUAACGAGAAUACGGAUCAUAUACGUAUUAUACACAAGGAUCACGAAUCGAUUCUCACAUUCUGCUUGAAGAACAACAGCUCCUCGAUGAUUGCAUUUGCCAAUCCGCGCGAGAUACAGGAGUUCGAUAUAUCGCUGCUGCUCGAAUCGCCCAAUUGGUAUGAGGACGAGUGCGAAUAUGAUAUGAUGAAUUUGUCCAAAGAUGCGGACACAAAUAGCUCCGCUUUUCUCAUCAUUCAGUCGCAGGAUCAGGCUCAAUUCGGAGCUGGCAGCGCGCUCAGCGAGGCGAGCGUCAGCACGCAGAGCGCCUCACAGUCGGGCCGCGGCACAUCCAUGGUGCUGCGCCACAAGGUGGACAAUGUGAAGCGCAUGAGCGCGCAUCCGCUGAUGCCGCUCUAUUUGACUGGCGGCCAGGAUGGCUCUGUGCAGAUUUGGGAGUGGGGUCACCAGCAGCCCGUCUGCUGUCCGCGCACCUCCGGCACCUUUGCCAAGGUCACGCGCUGUCGCUUCUCCGAGCAGGGCAACAAGUUCGGCAUCGGCGAUGGCGACGGCAAUCUGAGCCUGUGGCAGGCGGGCAUCGCCUCCCAGAACAAUCGCUCCUUCAUAACCUACCAGUGCCACAAUAAGGCGCUCUCCGAUUUCGUAUUCCUUGGCUCCUGCAGCUUGCUGGCUAGCGCUGGCCAAAGUUCCGAGAACAAGAACAUUAACAUUUGGGACACACUGUUGCCGCACAAGAAGUCCUGUGUCUCGGCCUUCACCUGCCACGACCAGGGCUCAUCCUGUUUGGUCUUUGCGCCCCAGCACCAGGUGCUCAUCUCCUGCGGCAAGCGCGGCGACGUUUGCGUCUUCGAUGUGCGCCAACGCACACUGCGGCAUCGCUAUCAGGCACACGAUAGCACCAUCAAGUGCAUUGCACUCGAUCCGCACGAGGAGUUCUUUGUCACGGGCUCCAUUGAGGGCGACAUUAAGAUAUGGGACAUGAACCAGUUCAUGCUGAUCAACACGUUCCCCCAUGAGCAUGCCAAGAACGGAUUCUUCAAGCACACCGGCCAGGGCGUUAGCCAGGUGUACGUGGAUCCGUUUGGACGUCUCUUCUCCUGCGGCUCCGAUGGCUGCAUGAAGGUGCGCCUGCUCGUCGAGAAGGACAACAUUGUGCACUCCGUGUAUUAAACUAAAUGAAACUAGAAACUACAACAACAACAACAACAACAACUGCAGCAACAACAACAACAACAAAAUAUUUUGUAUACUAAUUACGUGUCCGUCGCGUCCUUUUUGUCUGUGUCGCUCGAUUUUCGCUUUAAACUUUCUAAAUGUACAUUUUACUGGGUGUGUGUGCGCGAAUGUGUGUGUGCCAAUGCGUGUGUGUGUGUGUAUGUGUGUGCGU